AUGCAAACUCAAAACUACGAUAAUAUGUGUUCAAUCUGUCUACAGCCGAUGAGUGCAGGUGGUGAUCUCUUUAUAACUGCAUGCAAUCACAAAUUUCACUUCAACUGUAUCACAUCAUCAGUCAGAGCACGAAAUUAUGAAUGUCCACUGUGUAGGGUGAAAUUAGAUGCCCUGGUCAAAUUGUUCCAAGGUCAAAGUCAACAGCAACAACCACAGUCACAAAUGCUAUUUCACGGUCAACAAUAUCAGCAACCACAGUCACAAAUGCUGUUUCAAGGUCAACAAUAUCAGCAACUACAACCGCAAAUGAUACGACAAAAUGCCUAUCCGAAUCACAUACCUGUUCAACUACUUCCCAUUCCUACUUUGGCCGUUGCAGACGUCGAAGAUCUCGUCGAAGAAGAGCGGAUACGUCAACAAGCUGAACAGUUGAUCAACAAUUGCCAAACUGUUCAAAUGCCAUUGAUCGAUGUUCAAACAACACUUGAAUUCGGUGCUCAACCAACAGCUCAGCAGAGCUGCAUCUAUGGGAUGGUUUCAUUGAAAGCUCCAUCGAUGCCGGCAGUCGACAGCGGAGAUCUUCGUCGUGUUCCACUGGAUCUAGUCUGUGUCAUCGAUCGUAGUGGUUCAAUGGCACAUAAAAUGGCAUUGGUUAGAGAUACACUAUCCUAUAUCUUACACGAAUUACAGCCAACUGAUCGCCUCUCACUCAUUUCAUUUGACGAUACAGCCCAAAGUGUUAGUGGUGGCUUGAAAUUUGCCAAUAAUCAACGGCUGCAAGAACAAAUAAAUUCAUUAAAAGAUGGAGGUGGCACAUACAUUGGUAGUGGACUGACAAUGGCAAUUGAUCAACUACGUAAUCGUCAGACGAAGAAUCUCUUAUCGUCAAUUCUCCUAUUAACCGAUGGACAGGACAAUCAACCCCAUGACUACUCACAGCUGAUGCAAGGAUUACCACAGAAUACAACAGUUCAUACCUUCGGCUACGGAUCAGAUCAUCAGGCAUCUCUCCUAAGUCGUCUAGCUGAACAGGGAAAUAAUGGAACGUACACAUACAUCGAUCAAGUUGAUGCUGUCGGUGUUGCGUUUGCAACGACCUUGGGAGGACUAUUCACGUGUAUUGCACAGCAGUUAGAAAUUCGUUUAGAAAUGCAAAAUGGUUAUACAAUUGAAAAAGUUCAGACGACCUAUCCGUAUACACCGAUGCAAUUGCCUUGCGACACAGUUGUUAUCAGAUUGAACGAUUUGAAUGCUGAUGAACGACGUGAUUUGAUGUUUCAGUUGAAUGUGCCAAUUGUCAAGGAAGAACAGAACGAGAAUAGUAGUAGUGUUGGAACUGUUACUGUUCGCUACACUGACCCAAGCACAAAAUCAACUCUAACUACACCCAGUGUUCCCUUCCGUCUUCUUCGUCACCAUGAAAUCGAUCGUCUGUCACCCUUACUUCAAACUAACUAUGCACUUGAUAUUCAACGUAACCGAACCUUAACAACACUAGCCUUACGGCAAGCACUUCAAUUUACUGAAGAAGGUAAUACAGAACGGUGUAAUGCUGUUCUUCAACAGGCAAUUACUGUUAUUGAAAAAUCAGUUAGUAAACAGGAUCCACUCUGUCAACAGUUAAUUCAAGAUUUGAGACGCCAGUAUCGUUCAAAGGAAGAGUUUCUGUCAGCAAAUUGUAAUGUAAUGAAUCAACAUUCAAAUCAACGUGGAACUUAUUCAACGGGAUAUGUGGCAUCGACAAAUGCAUAUUUGACGCCAGUUCAACAGCAACAGCAAUUCAGCAAUCAACAGUAUCAAAAGCAUUCAUAG